AUGAAUUUUAAAUAUAAAGCUAGGACACAUUUAGUAUCUUAUGAGGAAGCCCCUUAUAAAAGGUUUUUUAAUAGAUUAAACAAAUGGCCAUCAAUGCCUAUCUUGCAAAUCCAUAAUAAACAAGGUAUAGUUUCAGGAGCAAAAGAUGAUAUAAAGAGACCUCAAAUAAACUCAUCAAGUUCGAUGAGCCUAAGUUCUGCCACAUAUAACUUGUUUGACACGUCGAAGUCUGGGAGUGAAACUAAAUCUAACAUUGAGAACUGUGAUUCCUAUGAAUUAGAUCACCCAUUUAACUCAUGUUACGAUGAGUUCGACUCCGAAAAACAAAUCGCUGACUCUCAGAGAGUUAAGUCAGAAAAUAUACAAAGUUCUUCUAUAUCAUUACAAACGUUGGAGCUCACAAUAGAUACAUGUAAGAUAUUUGAAAGUAAGGAGCCGGUUUGUGAGCAAUUAUUUGAUAUCUCGUUACUGUCGUUUGAUGAAUCAGAUGCCAGCAGCUUAGUAAAUGUGCUAAAUACAUUGAAGUUUAAUAAUGAAUCAGAUUCGAGCAAUAUGAAAUCUCAGCAAGAAAGAAGAAAAUUUAAAUACCGAAGUGAAAAUACUGUUUACCCUUUAAAAAAUAAUGAAAAUUUAGUCUAUGUAAGGAAAGACGGAGCUAACAGAAACUUAAAAGAUCCCUAUCUGAAAGAUGUUUCAAGACAACAGGAUAAUAGGUCAGAAGAGGUUGAAAGUAUUUAUUCCGUAAACGACAGUCUCUCGAAAGAAUAUUUAAUGCAUUUUAAAGAUCGAUUAAAAGAAAUAAGGAAAGAAAAUAUGACAAUUCCAGUGACAAAUAAACCUAUCCACAACGGAAAUAGGUUUAGUAGGGUAUUCAACUAUUGUUUUCUGAUGAGAUAA